GUUGUUUUCUGUAUUAGAAAUUGCAUUACCAUGGGGCAAGGUGUAGAAUCCCUGAAUGUGCAAAGGCCAAGUAGUCAGGGUGAAGGUUCGCGGCUAUUCGAAGAGGAAAGACCUUCAUAUUUUGUCUUCACAAUCGCGAAUCUCAAAGAUACCCUACACCCUUCAUCUACACCCCCAACACCAUCACCUGUUCGUGGAAAGGCUGCACGGAUAUCAUCUCGUUCCCAACAACCGCAAUCAUCAAAUGUUGCAAGUGCUAGUUCUACAAAGAAGAAGAAGAGGCUAAGGAAAAACCGCAAGAAGGAAAACGAGUCUGAACAUGAUACACCGGCCUAUUUAGAGUCUGCCCAGCAAGAAGUCGAUAAUGGCAGUGGGCAAUUGCAGGAAGACAAAGUUCAGACCUCUUUUGAUUAUAGGAACACGUUGGCUGCUACUGUAGGAUCCUCCUUAGCUGUAAAUCCCAAAGAGUAUGACGAUGAGGACGAUGAGGACGAUGAGGACGAUGAGGAUGCUUUAUUACUUAUUAAGUCUCCACUGAUUAAAGAUUCAUCUAACCCGUCAAGUAGUAAGCAAAUCUCUGAGCAAUCGCGGGUUCAAAACACAACAUAUUCUCCAGAACCAACAUCUUUAUCACAACUCCAACCUGGCCAACGGAUACCAUCAAAUUCAAUAUCACAGUCCACAGAAGAGAAAGCACAGCUGGACGACAUAGAAUACUCAGACCCAGAAUUUUCUUUUGAGGUAAAUUUUAUCAAUGAUCGAGAUGAGGAUCAGUACUCGCAUCAUAACGAUGCCUCUGAUCUGAAUCCGACCAUGGAAGCGCCUAUUGAAGCCAGGAAACCCUCUAUUCUGGGGGAUAAUACCCAAGCAUCAGCAGAAGUUCCUGAAUCAAGUCAUGAAUAUGACUCAAAUAUCAGCAAACCCAUGAAAAGCCAGCCUCACGGGCCAUCGUUAAUUAGCAAUCGGCCGUUGAAACCUAGUUCGGAAUCCUCUAGUUUGGAAUCCCUCAGUUCGACCGAAUCAGAGAGUGCCCAGUCAAUGGCUGAAGCACUGAAUGAAAAUGGUGAAAGUAAUCGAACAAAAUUGCGACUUGAAUGUGUUCAAAUACCUCUUAUUCCCAAUUCUCCUUCAAAAUCGCAUCGAGUAUCACCGGCUCCAGAGCUUCAGCUACAUGCCGAACCUAAUACUAGUGUGCUUCUAUCUAAGCAUGUCGACGGCAAUGACGUGGCUCUAUAUACUCAGGAGAAGCUGAAUGCUGAUACACAAGAAACGUCUACAACUUCAUCUCCUAACUCGCCAUCCAAGCGGUCUCUUUGUACAAUUCGAUCCCGUACAUCCGUUGGCCGCGAUCCCGUCCCUAAAGAUAGCCCGUCUCGACAUACUCGAUCGCAUGGUAGAGCUGCUCCCAGAAGAGCUGGAUUACGGCCUAGAGAACUUGAUCAGAGUUAUGUAUCAAUGUUCUAUGACCCUAUCGACAUGGAUAAUGGUCAAUCUGUAGAUAUCAGCGAGAACGAGCAUCCACAAUCAAAUCUGGAGCAGUUGACGACAUUACCAAGAACACCAGCGUAUGAAAAGCUGAUUCAGAAAGCGCCCCAUGACGACGAAAAUGAACAGCACAGCAGUUCAAGCACGUCACGGGCAUUAAGGUCACAGACACGCCAAACUAUUUCGGCGCAAAGUUUGCGAACAACCCCAGGAAAACGAUGUUCUUCACGUAGUGCCAGUCAAGCCGAUGAUGACAAUGAAUGCUCGAAUGAUCUUGGGUCACAGAGCACUGGGAAGAGGAUGGCAGUACGUGGAGGCGUCAAAAGACUUCGGAGGGGAUUGUCUUCGAAUCUACCGGAGGAAUCACCUUUUUUGGCAGUCCCAGGAGGCUUUGAGGGUGCUGAGGGCCCUAAGACUAAUGCUAAGCAUGAAUGGCGGCCUCGUCAACAAGCAUCUCCAUCAAGACAGCGAAGGUCAAAGGUAGCGAAAAACAUAAGAGAUACAGGAUUGUCGAGCGAUGAAUCAGGAAGAGAAAGUACUGGGAUUCCAUCUUUUAAGAGACGAAGUCAGGUUGAUAGUUCACUUGAAGCCUCUCCACAGCCGUCUUCUCAUACCAUCCGAUCUCCAUCUCUUUGUUCAUUAUCAUCCUUGGACCCAUGGGACAAGAUUACUGGCUCUCUAUUGUCCCCAAUAGUGCCCAUGGAAAUUUCUCCGGAUGUAUCAGAUAUUGAACUCGAUACCACAAGAGAUGUAUCACUGCAGAAGACUAUCGAGGGAGCACAAGGCCAGAAAUCAGCUUUGCCUGUCAAAUAUCCACAGAUCAAGGAAGCUUCUGUUAUGGAUCGAGUGCAGACGCCCCUAGAGCAGGGGCAUAGGCAGCCGCUAUUAAAACCGAGAUCUUCAGAAGACACUUCUAGGGCCAUUACUUUACCUGCUAAAGAAUCUAUUGAAUUCAAGAGUGCUGCUACUCUAGGGGCCUUAUCCAGAAAGAGCAAUCAGCGAGAAGAUCUAGCCUCUCAGACCACUCAUGUGCAAAACGAUCCCUGGGAUUUGAACCGCUUGCAAGAGCUGUGGGUCGAAAGUGGAGUAAAAUGGCCACUGAGAGAUCGAAUGAUCGAAGCCGAAUCGUUUGAAAAAGAACCAUUUCCGUUCAACUUUGUGUUUGGAACUGCGAUACCGCUGCCCAAGGGGACCAUUUAAGUUCCUCUUUCUUCUUUCCUCUCUUUCUUUUUCUCUCUUUCUUUUUGUUCAUUGUAUUUUUGUAUAUUUCUGACCUCGAGAAGUACAUGUAUCAAAAUUUCCCUUGUUUUCUUUUUAAAAAAAAAAUUACAGCAAAGAGGAAGAAUCGGCUUCUUUUCUCUUUUACUUCUUUUUAACUGUCUCUUUGUUCUAAGUUUUAGUAUUUAACAUAAAUGCGUGGGGAUUGGAAAAAGAUAAUAAAUUCCACAA